GACUAAUCGCUGGCGACUGACUCCUAUAGCCGGGUCCUAGGUACGCACUAGGCAAGGCCGCCGGCCGCCGGCCGCCGCCACCAACCACAAGCUCCUCCUCCUAUAAAUCGGCAGGUCUGCUGCUUGCGCCGGCGGCAACCAAGCAAGCAAUGGCGGCAACCUUGGUGCGCGUGCUGUCCCGUCGCACCGUCAAGCCGCCGCCCCGCCCGCGCGAGCGCAUCCCCCUCACCACCUGGGACAUCUCCAUGCUCUCCACCGACUACAUCCAGAAGGGCCUCCUCUACGCGCCGCCGCCCUUCUCCACCGCCCGCCUCCUCGACCACCUCCAGGCCGCGCUCGCCGACGCGCUCGUCGCCUACUACCCCGUCGCCGGCCGCUUCGUCACGGAGCAGGAGCAGCACCCCGCCGGCUGCUCCGUCUACAUCGACUGCCACGGCCAGGGCGUCGACAUCAUCCACGCCGUGGCCGACGGCGUCGCCAUCGCCGACGCCAUCCCUCCCGACGCCGACGUCCCGCGCCUCGUCCAGUCCCUGUUCCCCCUCGACGGCGCCGUCAACCACGACGGCCACCACCUUCCCCUCUUCGUCGUCCAGGUCACCGACCUCGCCGACGGCGUCUUCGUCGCCUUCGUCUACAACCACGCGCUCUCCGACGGCACUGCCUUCUGGGACUUCCUCAACGUCUGGGCGGGGAGCGCGCGCGCGCGCCUCUCCUCAGGCUCCGGCGCCGACAACCAGAACCAGAACCAGUUGCCGCCGCCGCUGCUGGAGCGCUGGUCGCCCGACGGCUCCGGAGCCGUCGUGCUCCCGUACCCCGACCUCACGGGGCUCAUCGAGAGGCUGUCCCCGCCGCCGUUGCGCGAGCGCAUGCUCCACUUCUCCGCCGAGUCCCUGGCGGCGCUCAAGGAGCGGGCGCGGCAGGAGCUCCUGGCGGCCGGGGACGCGGCCGGCGCGGCCGCCGUCACCAGGUUCCAGGCGCUGAGCUCGCUGGUGUGGCGCUGCGUGACCCGGGCGCGGCGCCUGGCGCCGGAGCAGCCCACCGUGUGCCGCGCCGCCAUCAACAACCGCGCGCGGCUCCGGCCGCAGCUGCCGCCCGAGUACUUCGGCAACACCAUCUACGCCAUCUCGACGGAGGCGGUGCGCGCGGGGGAGCUGCUGGAGCGCGGCCACGGGUGGGCGGCGGCGGCGGUGGGGCGCGCGGUGGCGGCGCACACGGACGCGGACAUCCGGGCGCGCGUGGCGGCGUGGACGGCCAAGCCCAUCGUCUACACGCUGCGCUACUUCGACCCCAGCGGCGUGAUGAUGGGGAGCUCGCCGCGGUUCGACAUGUACGGCUGCGACUUCGGGUGGGGCAAGCCGCUGGCGGCGCGCAGCGGCAGGGCCAACAAGUUCGACGGCAAGGCGUCGCUGUACCCUGGGAGGGAGGGCGGCGGCAGCAUCGACGCGGAGCUGGUGCUGACGCCGGAGCACAUGGCUCGGCUGGAGCAGGACAAAGAGUUCUGGGCGGCCGUGACGCCGGACAAGCCGUGUCCUCCUCCUCCGGCGGCGGCGGCGGCGGCCAAGGGGAAGAAUUGAUUGCCCGACGCCUGCUGCCUUGGAAUUUUAUUUGUUACUACCAUAUACAUAACAAUAGUAGUGUUUUGUUUCCUUAAUUAAAGCAAUAUAUAAAUAAAUAAUAUGCAGAAGGAGACAUCAGUCAAAUGUAACAUUCAUGCCAUCAAAUCAAAAUUCAACUAUGCCACUA